CCUGCUAUACUCCGCUCUCUGACUCCUCAGCUCCUCAUUCACUAGAAGAUGGCGGCCUGCGCUCCACUGUUAGAUGAGGAACUCUCGUCCUUUGUCUUCAAUUACCUGACAGAAAACUCCGGCAGCCAGUAUGGGGAGGAGGAGGUGUGUUCGGACCGCUUGGACUUCCCGGACAUUGACCUCUCCCAGCUGGACCCCAGCGACUUCGACAGCGACAACUGCCUCAGCGAGCUGCAGUGGUGCAACGACCAGUCCACGGGCACAUCGCCGACCUCCAUCCACUACAGCACGACAGACGAGCUCUUCGAGAUAGAAGAAGAGCAUGCGGCACUGCUGGCCGCUCUCACCCUGGACGGGAUGGUGGAUGGUGAGGUGGGCGGGCUCUCGGUCUUCCCGGCCCUGGAGGAGGAGCCCAAGGACGAGGAAGAGGCGGGUCUCGCUCUCAGCCCCGAAGAUCUCAGUCACUCACUGGGCGCUCACACUGAAGACCUCUCUCUACUGAGGCAGCUGCUCCUGACUCCUCCCAACGUGCCCACAGGCAGCGACGGCCACAAAGACGGCUUUCGGACGCAUCGCUACAACAACAGAGGGUCGCACCUACGGCCCGUCCGACCGCUUGUGAAGUCGGACCCCCCUUUGGAGCGGAAGCCUCGGGCGGUCCGUCCAGCCGGUCGCCUCUGUACAGAGCUGCACCGCCACCUCACAACCGCCCGGGACUCCGAGGACACCCGGACCCCUGAGACAGAGGAAGAUGAGGAGGAGGAAGAGGAUGAGGACAGCGAGUCUGAGGAGGACGAGGAGGAAGAAGAAGAGUCUUCCAGCAGUGAGGUGGAGGCGGCCGCGGCCCCGGUCGAGCCCCCCAAACCUCAGUUCAGCUCGGAGAAGGAACUGCACUCGGUGGUGGAGCUGAUCACCUACAUGCACACCUACUGUCUCCCCAUGCGCAAGCAGCAGGGCUGGGAGCGCAAGGACCGCGAGAUACAACGGCACCGGGCGCGACCUGAAACUUCCCGGCCCACUUCCUCCAACACCAGAGUGGUCCUGGUGGGCGGUCCCAGCACGAGCUCCGGGACGACGAGCGCCCCGCGGAGACUACCUUUUGCCAGGCGGAGGGAGCAGAAGGCCGACUCGCUUCUCUGCGAGCUCCUGCAGCAGAGCAGCUCCUACGACGUUAGCAAGCCUUACAGACUGCACAGCCCCCCCUACUCCCACCCCCACAGCCCCAGCAGACUGACUCCCUCUGCCACUAAAUCAACCACCACCCUGUCCCCCAGCUCACCCAAACCGGAGCUCCAUAAAGACUCCUGUUCUCCCAAGAGAAGAGCCGACUCUCCUGAGGUUUUUUUGGAGAUGCCCGAGGACGGCGGCUCGUUCUCAGUCCGGCGCUCGCGACGCCUGGCCUCGUUCCCCAGCCGCUUCGCUAAGAGACUACGACCAUCGCGGCAGAGGGAACUGGAGUUGAAGCUGAGGGAGGAGGGGGACGAGAGGCACCUGGGGGUAAAAGUCUUUCCCACCCAAGCUGGCGGCGGGACCACGACGGAGACGUUAGUGGAGAAGCUAACAAGUGAAGAGAGUGCUAUGGAGAAAUCCUGCGGCCACAAUGAGAAGCGCUCCUGCCUCUGUCUGCCGCUGAACCCCAAAACCACCAGUGAGUCACAGUUCAGCAGCAAGGGCUUCGAGCAGACGCUCGGAGUGGAUCUGUGCGGCACAGCAGGUCUGACUCCUCCCACCACCCCUCCUCACAAAUCCGUUGAGGAUGAACUCUUUAAGCCAGCAGAGGGCGGCAAAAGCGGCGGUGGCUCAGGAGGCGGCGGUGGCGACUCGAUUCUCUCCUCCCCUAAUGCGGCGUCCCGGAGCUGGCUGAGCCGCGUGCAACACCAGCGGAAGCUUCCAGAGCAGACGGAGCUCUACGCGCAGCUGCGGCGGAUGGGCCAAGCUGGCGAUGGCGAGACGCGCAGGAGCUUUGGCGACCACGACUACUGCGCGCUCAGCCUCGGCGAGAGCCGCAAACGCAGCGCCGCCAUCCUGGGUGCCAUCUUGAAGGCGCAGGGUGGCAGGGAGCGAGCCGGCACGCCCGAACCCAAACCGGCUGUCGAUCAGGUCCUGGUGGAAGAAACCUGCGAGGAGAACGCGGACCCUCUGGUGGCGCCCGAUGUGACCGAGCUGGAGGAGGAGCAAACUGUGAUCGACGAGAUGUUGACCGACUUCCAGAUGUUGGAGUCGACGCCGCCCACCUCGGAGGAAGAGGCGGAGCGCUCCUCCGGGUCGCGCUCGCCCUCGCCAGUGCACCUGUGCCCCGACUCUCCAGCAAGCAAGACGGACUGCAGCGAACACUCGGAGAUCUGCUCCGACGACAAGCCGAGCAACAAAGAUAUGCUGGACGAGGACGACUGCCAGCUGUUGUACAUCCACAACCUGCCCAGCAGCAUGACCCAGAACAUGCUCAAGAAACGCUUCCAGGUUUUCGGCAAAGCGGAGGACUGCAAGGUCAUCUUCUGCAACGACAGGGAGCGCUGCGGCGUGAUAAAGAUCCGUCAGUCAGAACUUCAGCGGCACUGGAGGGACCGUGAUAUUUUCCCGGCCAGCCAGCGGAGGCUCUCCAGGAAGCGCUACAUCGACCUGGACGAAGCGGGUCCGGGUCCAGUCAAGAGCAAGUACGAUGCACUGGACUUUGACACUCUGCUAAAGGAGGCGCAGAAGUCCCUGCACCGCUGACUGGCCAGCCUUACCGAGCCCGCAGCCUCCGAGAACCUCUGAGCAAGGCCACCUCGCAAAUGUUUACAUUUUUACCAUUGGAAUAACGAUAAGGACCUUUUUUUUUUUUCCUCACCGGAGGAUACUGCGUGAAGCCCAGGACGCCAGCGGGAGUCCCGGCGAGGAGGAGGUACCAAGACUUGAAACGGCGACGAUAGACAAUUGUGAUACUGCUGAUCAACAAUAACGACUAAAGCUGCUGCUUUCCCGUCUGUGUCAGUGACGUGGCGUCCUCUCGCCCGCGGGCCAGAGAGAGCUCUGUAGCAAAUCCUUGCUAUCUUUGCGUUCGCAUUGGUCCUCGUGGUGUGUUUCUCUGCGUGUGUGUUCUUGUUCUAUUUGUUUUCUAAGAAAAACUAGAAAAUACUUCCGGCGACGUUUCGUGGUCGUCAGAGCCGGGGGGUUACGACAAAAAAAAAAAAUCCCUGCUUUUGUUUUUUUUUUUUUGUUUUUUUUGCGAAAACUUGUGGAUGUUCAAAACUAUCGUGUGUAAUGGACAAACGGAUAUAAGAACUUGUAAUCACCUGACUAAUGAAAACGUUUACAAAUCUGACGUGAAGAAGAAAACAAAUCAUA